AUGGGACUAGGUGCCAUUCUGAAUGUAGCAAAGGCAAAGAAGGGAUCUUCAGUUGCCAUCUUUGGACUUGGCGCUGUUGGUCUGGCUGUGAGCUGCCAUGCCGAAGGUGCAAGAAUUGAUGUAGCAUCAAGGAUUGUUGGGGUUGACUCGAAUCCAGCAAUGUUCGAGGAAGCCAAGAAAUUUGGAGUAAAUGAGUUUGUGAUUCCAAAAGACCAUGACAGACCAGCGCAUGAGGUUAUCGCUGAGAUGACAGACGGUGGAGUUGAUGGUAGAAUGGAGUGCACCAGCAACAUUAAUGCCUUUUCUUAUGCGUUCACGACAUAUGUUUUCUGGACUAGAGAAGUUACAUUUUCAUUGUCAAUGCUAGAAAUGCAAUUUAGGGAUGGGGCUGAGGAAUCCCGUGCAUGGGUGCAGUGUUCACAAUCACAACUAACCCCUUUCAUCUGCUUAACGAAAAGACACUGA